AACCCAAAGAUAUCAUCGACCCGUUUCCAACUAUUCAAACAGGUUCUUCCCGUCUCUUGUAUUCCGUUUCUUUUCCCCGUCGGCAUGGAAGCAUCAGCAACCGGCGGCAAGGUUUCGUUCAAGGUCACCCUGACCUCGGAUCCGAAGCUUCCUUUCAAAGUAUUUAGCGUGCCAGAGGCGGCGCCCUUUACUGCCGUGCUGAAAUUCGCCGCCGAGGAGUUCAAAGUACCUCCGCAGACCAGCGCCAUAAUCACCAAUGAUGGUGUUGGGAUCAACCCUCAGCAAAGUGCAGGCAAUGUAUUUCUUAAACACGGUUCAGAGUUGCGCCUUAUACCUCGUGAUAGAGUUGGAGCUCACAUGCAUAAAAUUAGUUACAAAUAUUUUCCAGACUGGAAUGAUGAGUUUCUUGAUUAAGCUUUAAUUAAUAUGAACUCUUCGAAUCUUUCUGUACUUGUAAAGAAGAAGAUAUAAUGUUGUGCACAUUUACUUGAAUUAUUUAAAAUUUAUCAUGACAGUACAUUAUUGCUCUAUAAAUACUUGUUCAGACUUCAUUGAUGAAGGCUUUAUUUAAGACAA